AUGGCCAGUGUAUGGCCCGGUGCUGGUCAGCCAGGUUGUAACAGAAUAUUGCAAUCAAACAGUAGCAGGUUCAAUCCCCACUGUCACAAACUACGUCGUGACACCCCUAAAUCCCACCAACAACGACCCUCCUUUGACCAUCAAACCUCCAUCAAUUCUCGACCUCUUUGGUUUACACGUAUCCUAGGACAUCUUAGACCAACCACGACAAAGUUAGGCAAAGUUAGACAGAUUAAGGGUGAAGGGAACCGAGGUGUGACGAGGUUAGGCGAAGUUAGGUUGACUAGGGAUGGAGGAAGCAGAGGCACGGCGAAGUUAGACGAGGUUAGAGGAUCGGGUGUUCGGUGGUUCGGGGAAGUUGGCCGAACUGAGAAGAUCGCUGAAGUUCUUCAGCGAUCCUUGAUUGUUUUACACUUCUUUCGACGUCUACGCCCUCCUGGUUGGGUGAUACAUCGAGUUAGAACCACCAAGUUAGCCGAGUAUCAAGGAUCGCUCUUACCGACGACCUGCGCGAACCUCGGAGAAGUACAAGGAAAGAUGGACUCGGAAAGGCAAACCACGCGAAGUUUGAGCAGGGACAGGGAAGCGGAGGAGAAUGAAAGGAAGGCAUUGGAGGAGCUUAGUAGGGCGAUGGGACAGCAACUGGGAGGAGAAGAUAAUACUGGAGGGUCAGUACUAGGAGAUGAGUUCGUUCCACCCGUACCUUCUAAUCCUCUUACCCCUCCACUUAAUCCUCUCAUACCUGUGGGGUCACCAAAUGGGUCAGAUCAAACCCCACGCCCAGGAGAGAAUACCGGAGGAGGGACGAACUUCGGAGAAGAAGGGACACAGGGGAUGAUGUUGGCUAUGAUGAAGUUGAUGGCGGAUAUGAACAGAGAGAUGGCAGCCGAGAGAAGACAAACGGGGGUCAAGGAAGUGGUAGUGGUGGAUAGUCAGAGGGUGGAAAGGAAAGAGGAGAAGAGAGGGGAAGGGAGGCAAACUUCGGCGCAGCCUGCGGUGCAAGCGACUAUUACGUCGACGCAGGUCAAGACCAUUCCGUCGGAUGCCGACGAACUUCGCCGACAAUGGCCUAGGCCACCUCCCGAGCUGAGGGAGGCAAGGAAGAAGGAAGGGAAGUGUACUGAGUGCGGGGAGAAGGGACAUUGGUUGAAGGACUGCCCGGUGAGGGCAGCGAAGGUAAAAGUUGGAUGGUUGCCUCCGUGGGGGGAGAAGUUCGGCGAACAUGGUGGAGCAUCGGGGGGUAACGCGGUACCUCUUGGACAGAGGAGGAACCUGAACGCGGUAACAGGAGAAUGGGAAGGAGAAGAGGAGCAGGGAAAAGACGAGGACCUGUUGCUUCACCUUCUUAUCCCUUCCACUUCAAAAGACCAACCAAAAACAGACAUUUUUAUCAAUGGGACCAAACUAACCACGCUCUGGGACACUGGGGCUACUUGUUCAUAUAUCAGCCCCGGGGCAGCGGCGAAGAUAGGCGUGGAAAGGAGACGAUACCCGUUCGUCGAAGUUAUGUUUGGUUUGAAGAAGGACGCCAAAGGGCGAUCUGUUCGUCUAGAUGUGACUACUCUCUGCGAUGCAGACGUAGUGAUAGGGUGGGAUUGGAUGAGGAGAGAAGGUGUUAUUCUUGAUGGAAAGGAUAAUGCGGUGAAAUUUCCCAUCCCAACCCCACCACCACCACCAAGUUCGGCGAGGUUGGCGGCCAUAGGGCUACCAACUCCGACGGACGCGAUAGACCUACGAGACAAAGAUGACCAGGAUGAGCUGAGUCCGGAGGAACAGGAAGAGCUUCAUGUAGGAGUGAGAUACGAAGUUAGUGAGAUACAAAGGAGAUACGAGAUUAGGGAGGCACGAACUUCGUCGGGGACGAAGUUUGCGAGGUACGAAGCUCGGGGACUCGGGUUGAACGAUGUUCUGCAUUGGCGUAGUUAG